UCUUGAAGCGUAACGGUGUGUUGAUCUCGUAAUUCUACCGAGUCACGGCGAAAUCGGCUUACAUAAACUUAGGCAAUCCCGAGCAAAUGUACUUAAUUAAGGAGUCUCGCCAUCUACUAAUAAUAUCUCUCUUAUAGCACGUAAUUUAUUUUUAAUUCUUAUAUUUCUACGCAAAUUCUCUCUCUCUUUCUCUUUCUCUCUCUAGGCGUUACGUCUAACUAAAUGUUAAUAUCAUAAAACUUGUGUAGUCGUAAAAUAAUCCGCAAAACGAUUUUAUAAGCACGUCGACUAUAUCGAAACUACAGGAACUGAAUGUUUUUCUGUUAUUUUUAGUUUUACUUUACCGCGCGAGAUGCGACAUUAAAUCGUUGGAGCGAUCGCGUCGUGAAACCCGGAUCGUCAUCUAUGGAAAAACACCAUCUCCAAGAAGAGUUCGAAUGGCUUAACGGCGCUAGAAAGUGUGACCGCGACUUUCCGUAAAGUUUAGAGCGGCAAACCGCUUUUUCCACGCAGAUCUCCCGAUUUUACGUAAUGUUCCGAGAGCGUUGCGCGUUUUUCCUAUACCGGAGCAAGAACUCACACACACACACACACACACACAUACACACAUCACAAUCUUGUAAGAUCGUUACGAAGCUGUGUGUUUGAAUUCUCCACACCGCCAUCAACCGCAGGUUCUCGUUACCUCUAUCUUCGCUCCCUCCUGGCUGCCUUCCAUACGUACACACACACACACACACACACACACAUGAGACUUUUACUGAAUCGUAUAUACGUCGCAUAUAUUCACACACUCGUUUACUUACUCGCUUCACCCACUCGCUUCACUCGCACACAUUCGCUCGCUCGCGCGCACACAAAAGCAAGCCGAGCCGAACACGUUCAUGACGACUACCUGACGAGAACUCGAGCUCGGCCAGUCACGUGGCUACCGAUCGCGAAGGAUGUUUGUGGGAUCGCGAAGUCAGUCUGCGACGGUCGGUCCGUUGGGAAAGAGAGAAUAGAAGCGCGCGAUCGUGCAAAACAGAAAAGGAAGAAAAGAACAGAGGAAAGGAGGAGAUACUGGGGAUCGGGAAUAUACCGCCUCUUGAGGUCUUAGGAUCGUCGCUGCUCUAGCUCCACACCACCGUUCGGUGGUGCGCGUCGUUUCGGAUCGCAGAUAUUGUUCGCGGCGAGCGGGAAAAAAAACUUCCUCGUCAAGGAUUUUGGGAGUGCCGCGGAUUGGAGAGAGAGAGAGCUCGCUGAUGGUGGAAAAAAACAUGCGUCGGGAGGAAACGACGCGGAGCUUGUGUCGAUCUGUUUGCGCGUAAGAAAGCGCGCGUGAUUGUGCGCGUUCGGUUCAUCGAAACGUGGAUGCGCACACAAUUGAAUUUCGAUCGCUAGCUCUACGUGUCGCGUAUCAUCCUCAUGAAAAAAAAAUCAGUGAUCAUGUGACGCUCGUGUGAGAGCCAGAUCGCCGGAAGGAUCGACGGAAAGAGUCCGUUUCCGCGCGCUUCUCCAAAAAGAAAGCACGAGAGCGAUCGAGAUAGAAAGGCGAGUUAUAUCGAGGCCGUAACACGGACCAUCUCUGGAGAGCAUCCUGAAUGAAACUCGACGAGGAUAAGGAGACAAAUCCGAACGCCGCAAAUGUCUUUCGAAGUCCGAGGACGAUAUACAAUCUGAUUUAUAUAUUAUUGACGAAUCAAACAAACCAAAAACUUGGAUUCCCGGAUAUAGCAUUUUAAAUGCGGAAUUGCGUUAGCGCGAUUUCGCAAGGAAAUCGUUUGCGGUGUCGCGCGCAAUAGAAGAGAAUUUGAGGAAAUUCGAAGAAGACGCCGCCGCGUCUCUCUCUCGGCGAACGAACGUUUCGUCGCGAUUCUCACGGAAUUGUAUGCAAAAUCGCAUCGGCGAUAUCGCGCGCGGCAUCGGCGUUGAUCGCGACCCGCUUACGAAUAAAGAGGACGAAGCGGACCCGAGGGGAGAAACGAAAGAGAAGAGAAGCGAAAGAGAAGGAAACGUGCAACGAAUCGAGGGUAUACGCGCGGCGGCGGCGGCGGCGGCAGCAAGAUUGCAGUGAUUUCGCUGGCGCAACACACGCUCUCUGUGCAAAAGCAUGUGGCGACAUUGCACAACAUCGCCGUCAUCCCUGAUUGGCAUUUAACGUGUGCGCUCGUUCAUGCGUUCCAAAGUGAAAAUUGUCGCGCGCACAGAACAAACUGUGUGCGAGUAAGUUUUUUUUUUUUUUUUCUCAUCUUUACAACAAGUAGUUAUCGGUUUUUUUUUUUUUCGAUCUGCGAUCGACUGACGCGAUUCCAUUCGCGGAAUCUUUGCAAAUAUUGAAUCAGACUUUUUUAUUUCUUAUUAUAGCGGAAUUCAAAAGAGCGAACGAAAUUUUGCAAAUGACAACAGAACGUUGUCUCGAGACGCGCGACACCACAGAUUUGUCGAGCACACGAAAACGCUUUUUGCUCAUCGAGGUGUUUUUACGACAUUUCUCGCGUUCCAUCGGAGCUACCCGGUUGGAGCCGCGCGCGCAUUAUAACGACGGCGAUAACGACGGCGAUAAACGCGUCGCUUAUCUUGGGAAAAAAUCUGUCGGAAAACGCAUUCUUCGUAAGUUACUCGUGAAGUGAAACGCUCAAGCACAACUCGGCGUAGCGGAUAAGACACUCGUGUGUGCGUUUUUUCUCAAAUUGGAAUGAAUUCGAGAGAUCUUAAAUUGUGAUAUUAAAAGCAAUAUAAUACGGGAUAUUUGUUGUUGCAAAACAGACUUUUGCCAGACUUUCUUUCGAAUUCAUUUUUUUCAAAGCGACGUUCCGUGCUCCCAAGUGCUGCGUGCUAUUUUUUCACACCGUGCAUCUCGUUUUGACGUCGUAUAUAUAUACAUAGAAAUGAUGCAACGUUAGUGGAAUGCGAUUCCAACGUUGAUCAGCAGGACGUUGAAAUUUUUCACCGACAAAUUUUUAUUCUGAAUUUGGUGCCGAUCUCUAUGCCGAGACUUUUCGCAGUCUGUCGCGUGUACGUUGUGCGUGUACGUACUUUCAUGCGCAUUAGCGUGUCGUCGCAAUAAUGAGCAGUUGUGCGAUUUAAAAAAAAAAAAAAAAAAAAUUGUACGGAAUGCAGUUGGCCAGUCAGAGGCCUCACCCGCCUCCGGUGCCACCUCGGCCAAGCCGGCAGGUGGUUGCCGAGGCUCUUAAGAGGUCGCCAAGGCCGCCCUGUCCUACCAGACAAGCGCCGCCACCGCCGAACACGAAACCCUGGAGAUCUGAUCAAAAUCAAGCACGACAAAAACAACAAACGCAACAACAGCAGAAACAACAACAAGUACAGCAGCAACUGGUGGGCCCAACAAGCGGACGAACGAUUGUGUACGAAUCGAAAGAAUGUGGGAAGGACGGCAAGGAAGAGAACGCGCCCGAUGACAACAGGAGUCAACAAGAUCGCAAGCAAGACGCGACAGUCGAGAAAAGUGGAGUCGAGGAAAAUCGUUCGGAGAACGAGGGCAAGAUUCCCGCUCUUCAUCACGAGAUCUGCGCGGAGAAGCUAUAUCCAACGGGAAACGUGCCGGCGAACAUUGUGCGAAAGCACAAUAACAAUUUAACCGAGGACAGACGGCCUCAGCGCAGGCUGGAUAUUCGAAAGAACACCUGCGGUGUUCAGACCGUUUUGCCAGAUCCUCGAGGACGAUGCAAGGAUUCUUCCGGCAAAGAUCAAGAAAAGACCGGUACCACUGUUUCGGAGAAGGUCGAGGUAACGACGGCAACGACAAAACCACAGGUGGCCGCCAGAACUGUCAACGUGUCCUUCGAGGACGAGCGUCGCGAAUCGUUGUCCAGUCCGGAUUCUGUUUCUGGCGGGCGCGUAACGGUGAGUCACGUGGAAAAAUGCAAAUGCGGUCAAGAGAGAGACGCGAACGGACCGACGCCUGCGUGCAGAGUGUGUCUCGGCGAGCAGCAGCAGGAAGCAGCGUCCUUGGCGAGUGCAGCAAAGGCUGCUGCUGGAAACUUAGACGCGGUCGUAUCCUCGAUCAAGGGAUCCGUUCCGUGCGCGGACCGUGUCGCCGCCACAGUGCUCGUCGUUGACGAAGCAGAGCGUAAAAUCACGCCCAGUGAUCACGAGGACGGCAACAACAACGACAACGACAGCGACAGCAACAUUCAUCAGCAGGACUGGCUGGAGGAAGGAGUCCGUUACUCUUCCACGCAGAUCACUCUGCACGGGGACGACAUUGUCGGCGGCGGCGACGCCGACAAAGAUCGCGUCAAUGGUUAUUACGAUCAUCACGAGGAGGAGAGGAUCACCGAUCUCGAUUUCAUUAGUAUACAAGAACGAAUCGCAAUGUCUUCCCUGCAAGGACUACCUCCGUUACCGAGAAGUCUGAGCGGCUUCAAUCUCAGCGGCGGACGCGGCGAGAACGGCGAGCCACCUCCGCCGCCCACGAGGUCGUCCAGUAAAUCCCAAAGAGGCGGUAAAACGUCGUCGUUGCAGUCGUCCUCGUCGAGACCGUCGCCACCUGCCAGACAACUCACCACUCUGGACACUCAGCUGGCUGUGCUGAGAAGAGAAAUGUUCGGCCUGCGGCAACUUGACCUCUCGUUGCUGUCCCAAUUAUGGUCCCUGAACGAGUCGAUUCAAGAGUUCCGGCAACUGCUGCAGGAGCAAGAGGACCGCGCGCCUUCGCCGUCGCCCAGCAGCGAGGAGGGCGACGACACGUCGUACGGAACACAUCCGCCGCCGCCUCCCAGGCGACCGGCACCCACGUUGCAUCAUCAUCGACCGCCACGACCUCCCCGGCCGCCUAGGCCGUCCGCUAGCGACGAGUCGCCGUCAAGCGAGGAGUACGGAGCCGUUUGACAUAUCGCUACUGAGAAGAGGAAGUACUCGAGAAGGUCUCGCUCGUCCCAUCGCGCCUAGAGCGACCUAGUAUCGACGCGAACGUACCUUCCAGUACGAGAAUAACUUCUCUCGAGAGAUUUCGGCGUAAUAAAAUUAACAACAUCGCGACGCAAUCGCGGAUAUCUCUUUCUCGAUAUCCUGUUGGUGAUUCAAGAUUCGUUUACGGGAAACGAAUUGUCCGAUUGUGAGAACUGAACUAUUCCCUAAAUUUUGUUUAAAGUACCUGCGAUAUUUCUCAGAAGGUUGUUCGAGAAAUUGCGAUUUAUGAGACUCUUCACGAUUUCGACUGACGAUAUUCGUUAUAUUGGCAUUAAAUCGCGAGCGAACGCGUGCUUACCAAUUGCACGUUAUUAUAUUACUACUGUCUGGAGAAGCCACUCGUGAAUUGUCACUUGAAAUUACAAACUUUGACGUGUGACAGAAGAUUACCGAAGAGUUUGCAACGACCGUUGCGCGGAAGUUGUGUAAUCCCGCAUGUAGGGUAACAAUUGCUUUACAGACAGAAAACUAUUGCUUUGCUAAUCUACCAACGAAGACCAGUUCCAACGUAUGUUUCAAGACAGAAGUGAAAACUACCAAGAAGCAAGAGAGGGCUGAACGCGCGUUCACUUGGACGCGAUGCUUUACUCUCUCAAUUUGUGAUAGCGCUCGAAGGGGCCUUUGAUUAAUCGCAAUUGCACCCGUUUAUGAACGUGAAUUUCUGAGACUUCGGAGAGCAAUCAUAACAGAUCCGAGCCUGCUAUGUAGUACGAUUUUUUUUUUUUUUGGUAUCGUAAGGAUGAACUGAGAGAUUCUUUGGUGUCGAAAAAAAAAAACUGACCAAUAAAUCCGAAGAUGUUCGGUGUUUCUUUUUUCAUUUUUUUUUUUUUUUUUUUUUAUACCGUUGCGUCUGUCACUUGCAAAAUUGUGACACCGGUUUACUUGUGCUUCUACCGCAAAACAGAAGAAAAGACUUGACGAUCCUUGAAAACUCUAACGAAAAACGCGUAAUUUUCUUAUCCCAUAUACGACAUGUAGACAUGUUUCCGGAUGUUUUUUGUUUAAAUUAAUUUAUUCGCGGCAUCGCCUUCGCGCGUACGGUAUGUAAAACUAAGAUUCGGAAUCUUUUUUUUUUUACGGCGUUCAUUAGUUUAGACUACGAACUGUAUAUAAAAAUAUAUAAAAUAUCAUGCAAGGAAGGAAGCAAGAUAAAUGAGACUUAAUUUAAACACACGCUUAAUUUAAAAUCGUUCAUCCAUAUUCUGUUACGUUAUGCAUUUGCGCAAUGUGUAUAACUGGAAGGAGUGUCUUUACAGGAUACUUAAAAAUAAUAUUUGAGAUACGUUUGUGUACGUUGUGUGAGACAAGAUACCAAGAACUACGGGGAAAAUGUUAAAUGAAAACUGCAUCAAAUUGUUCUAAUGUCUUUAUUGCAUCCGACAAGAAACAUUUUAUUCAAAACUUGAUAAAAUGAACAGAAAAAUCAUUUUUAUUGUGUUAUAAAAAUAAAAUAAAACAAAGUUAAUUAAAAAGUAAGCAUGUGCAUGCAAUAAUAAUUGUUACCUCGUCAUUAGUUUCCUUCAUCAAUAUAUUACGGCGAUAAAAUUGUUACAAAACCGACUAAAUAUAAUUUAUAUAAUAGAUCAG